AUGUCGACAAAUAAUCUUGGUAGACCAGUAAGACCAACUGGUAGUAAAAAGACAGGUGGAGCAAGCUCAGUAACGAUAACAAUGUCAGAUUUUCAAACAUAUGAAAUGCAAGCUAGACAGGUCGAAUGUAAAUUAUGGAUAGAAUCGAUUAUAGAUGAAGAAAUUGAUAAUGAUCUUCAUCAAGCAUUAAAAGAUGGUGUAGUUUUAUGUAAAUUAGCAAAUACAAUGUUUCCUGCUAUUAUAACACGUUAUAAUAAACAAUCUUCAAUUACUUUUAAAUUAUUAGAAAAUAUUAAUUCAUUUUUACAAGUUGCAAAAAAGAUGGGAAUUAGUGAUAAUCAAUUAUUUAUUGCAACAGAUUUAUGGGAAAAUAAAAAUUUUCAAAUGGUAAUUAGUACAAUUAAUAAGAUGGCAACAAUAGCGGUAUCAAAAGGAUUUCCAAUUAAAUGGCCAACAGUUGAUGAUCCAAAUAAAGAGACAAAAUUUGAAAAAGCAUCACCUGAUAGAGUGCUUGAAUGGGAUAAUAGUUUUAUAUAUAGUAAUAAUAGUAGUAAUAGUAAUAAUGGUAAUAAUAGUCCAAAAUCACCAGCUUCAACAAUUGGUAAGAAAACAACAUCAUUUGGUACACCAACUACAUCAAGAAAUAGCAUAAACUUUUCUUUACCACCAAAAUUAACAGCUUCAUCAACUUCAACUUCAAAUUUAAUUCAAACAAAUUCAAAUCCAACAACUCCAACAACUUCAACAACUUCAACACCAAAUUUAUCAUCAACUGUAACAAUAACAACAACAACACCAACAACAACACCAACACCAACACCAACUAAACCAAUAACACCAUUAGUUGUCACACCACCAGCUACUGUAGUUUCACCAUUAUCACCAAUUUCACUUGUAUCAACACCACCACCACCAACAACAACAACAAUUGUUGUAAAAGAAAAUGAAAAUGAAAAAGAAAAAGAACAAUUACCACCACCACAAUCACAAUCACAACCACAACCAAAAAUAGAAAAAGAAAAUGAAAAUGAAAAAAUAAAAACAAAUUUAGAAACAGAAAUUUUAAUUAAAAAAGAAUUAACAAAACAAGAUAAAAUUGAAAUUAUAAUUAAUCAAUAUAAAGAAUUAUCAAUUAAAGAGAAUAAUGGUAAUGAAUCAAUUCAUUAUGCAGUUAGAGAUGGUAAUAUUGAAGUUAUAAAAUCAAUUGCCAAUAGUGAUAAUGUAAAUAGUAAAAAUCAAAAUACAGGUCGUACACCAUUACAUGUUGGUGUAUUGAAUGGAAAUGUUGAAAUUGUAGAGAUAUUAUUAGAGAUUGAAGGAUGUGAUUGUAAUCAAGCAGAUACCGAUGGCAAUACACCCAUUCAUUUGGCUGUGCUUAAAGGUAAUCAUUCAAUGGUUGAAACAUUGAUUAAGAAAGGCACCCAAACCAACACCAAUGCUGUCAAUAGGGAUGGCUCAACACCAAUGAUGAUGGUGUCGGUUAAUGGCGAUGAGAGAAUGGUGGAUUUGUUAUUGGAGGGUGGUGCAGAUGUGAAUUCGUCCAAUAAGAAGGGCAACACUGCAUUGCAUUACGCAACUUUGAAGGGCCAUAAAAAGGUGGUUGAUAAAUUGUUGGAGGCAGGCUCCGAUGUUAAUGCAGUCAAUCAGGAUGGUGCAACUUCAUUACAUGUGGCCGCUGAAGAGAAUUUCCCAAACAUUAUUGAAUCAUUGGCAAAUUCAGGUGCAGUAGUUGACCAACAACGUUUAGAUGGUUGGACACCAUUGUAUAGUGCCGCUUUCAAGGGUAAUCGUGAAACUGCAAUUUCACUCCUAUCAAAGGGUGCAAGUGUUGAUUCUCAUAAUCUUGAGGGUUGGACACCACUUCAUUCAGCUUGUUCAGAGGGUCAUCUUAAAAUGGCUCAACUCUUGAUUACAACCUAUAAAUCCGAUGUCAAUAGUCAAAAUUUUCAAGGUACAACAUCAUUAUUUCACGCUUGUUCAUCUGGUCAUUUAGAAUUGGUUAAAUAUUUAUUCCAAGUUGGAUCCAAUCCUGAAUUGUCAAGACCUGGUGGUUGGAAACCAAUUCAUAUCGCUUGUUAUAAUGAAAAUGAUUUAAUCACUCGUUAUUUAAUUGAAAAAAAUGUAAAUUUAAAUUGUACAAACUCUGAAAUCAAAGGUUACGCUCCAAUUCAUAUUCUAAUUAGUACUGAAGAACCACGUUUAGAAAUUAUUGAACUAUUAUUAAGUAAAAAAAUCAAUGUAAACAUUAAAAAUGUUAAUGGUUCAACUCCACUUCAUUUGGCUGUAUUUUGGAAUCAUUUUAAAGUACUCGAAUUAUUACUCAAAUAUGGUGCCUCUCUUGAAGAAAAAAAUAAUAAAGGUAGAACGCCUCUAAGUUUAGCUUGUCAUUAUGGUAAUGAAAUCAUUGCAAAAUAUUUAGCUGAAAAAACAAACAAAGAUGUAAAAAAAUUAAAAAUUAAAAAUAACAAACAAAAAAUUUUAGAUAUGGAAAUUCCAGAUUCACCACCAGUACCAUUAUAA